UCUGGGAGGGAGAAGAAAGACCGUCUAAAAAUAAAGUGACACGCACCACCAGCAGAUAAACAACAACUGAACCAACAAAUAAAAGAAGAGGAGGACAAAGACAAACAUAUCCUUGUUUGUGUCUCUUUCACCCUGCCUGACUCCCUCUCUAUGCCCCAUUUCUGUUUCUCUGUCCUCAUUACGUGCUGAGCGGAGGUCAUGUCCCAGUCUGGAAAAGUCCUUCAUCUGUAUGUGGAAGUGAGGCCUGCCCCAGAUCAGAGUGGAGGGAAAGGGGAAUUUGGAGAAAAUAAAGAAGGGGUUGCUCAAGGGCGCUCAGUUCGGGAUAGUCCUGCGAAGCUCCUGUCUCAGAUAGCGAGCAAGACCGUCCCGAAGACCUCCACAGCUCACCAUCUAGUUAAGGACGGCACACAUAGCCAGUCUCCGUCUCCGAGCACUGUUAGGUUUCAGCGCCAGCAAGCCAGCGGCUCCCUGUCUCCUUCAGUCACCAAGCGCUGGAGUUCACCCUGUGUUGGAGCCAUCCGCUCUCCACCAACGCCAUCUUCUGGAAAGAUCGCUGUCCCUCACACACCUCCCAACUGCCAGAGGUUUAACAAGGAGGAAGUCAGCGAUGGGAAGAGGUCUGUGGUUACGUUCAGCUACAUUGAGAAGUCUAAUGUGAAGACCUUGGACAGUCCACGCAACUCAAUAUGUGAGAGAGCGACCAGGGAGGAGAAAUCCACCCCCUUACACUAUCACAAAAGGCUCACCGACCCAGUUUGGUAUGGGAGUCCCAAUUCUUCUUGCUGCUCCAGUCCCAAGCUGACUUUCCGAUCUCCAGGAUCUCCAGGAAGUCACCAGCAGACGUUCUCCCCUGGCCUUCGCCAACCAGCCUUGGACCUCAUCGGCAGGGCAGCUACCCAAAGGGCUGUGGAGGAGUUUGGCUCCCCUUUACUGAGGAUUAAACUAGCCCAUGCACUUGAGCACACCUCAUCCUUGCGCUACAACCAACAGCCACGCUGUCAGUCCUGGGCCGGGUCUCCUGUUCAGCGUCAGAACAUCUUCGUAAACCCCAAAGAUAGGAGCCAGGCUAUUUGUGGGCUGCCUCGGAGCCCAGCGUCAGACCAGCUAUCGUCCCAGUCCAGGCAAUCUCCGCACUCGAGGCCUGGGUCCUGUGUCAAGUCCCAGAGCCCUCUUCACUGGUCAGGGGAGGACAGAGCUGUGGCAGGCAGUCCAGCCACCAAAAGACAUGUUCACAGGGCCUGUAACAGGAGUGCUUCACCACAGGGAGCAAUCCUCCAACUUGGCAAUAAUGUCGUCGAGGGCUUGAACCAGUUAAGUGACAGUAAAUCUUCCUCUCCAGCUCACAGCCCUGAAGUUGCCCGCAGGCUUGCAGAGGAAGCUACCAAAGUAUCUUCUAUUUUCACAGAGGCAAGGAGGUCCUCAUUGCACAAUGCUUUAGAUGAGCUUGCAAGCAGCUCAAACUAUGGAGAAUCUCACAAUUCAGCUCCAAAUGCACAACAUUAUAAGCAAGCGCUUAAGAUGAACAUCCCUUUAAACGACCAGCACACGUCAGUAGCUGACAGUACAGACUCACACCAGCCUGAAAACUCCCUCUUGCAGUCACAUUCACAUGAAUCAAACUCCCAUGCUAAUUAUGACACACACACGGAGGACUACAUUCAGAGAUCCCAGCAUCAGAGCUCAGCGCUACCAGCGGUUCAGAGUUCUCCAGCCCUUCCUUCACGUGUCCUCCGUCCCUCUCAUCCUCCCACCGAGCUCAGCUCUCCCAUGAGGGACCCCAGGCUAUUCCAAGCUGAGCUCCGAGCACCAGAAACCCCCACCCUGCAUCGCCGUCAGCCUCCACAGUACACCGGAGACUCCUGGUCCCCCAGCCUGGACAGGAGAGGAGAACUGAGCUCCUUUGAGAGAGGGGACUGCACAGAGCUUGCUCGCAGGCUCUUUAUCAAUCAAAGUGUUGAGGAGGCACCGGUCAGUUGGACAUCUAGGCAGCAGUGGGGGCAUUAUGUGACGAACAGCCCAAGGCCAAACAGUGACCCUGGAUUGGGGUCCAGUGGUAACCAAGCUCCUGAUCAUCCGUCCAGUCAGCGCCGUCGGCCGCUCAGCCCCUCAGCUCAGCAGAAACGGGCUGAGCAAAGAAGGAGAGAGAUCCUGCUUCUGGGACCAGUGGUGUUGGACUCUCCUGAGGAGGAUGAGGGCUGUGAUGAGGAAGGAGGGGGCAAUGAGGUGGAGGGAUAUGGGGCAGGGCAGCAGCCACGCCUGCAGAGAGUGGAAGAUCCUCCCGAGGUGGAGCAGAACGGCGCAAUGGGAGGGCCGUCCUCACGGAGCUCCAGUGGGGUGACGGGCAGCUUGGGGGACAGGGACUGUGUGUCCCCAGAGUCCAGUCAGUCCAGCCACCAGAGCAAUGAGACUGGGGCCGCCACCUCAGGAAUACAGACGGACAGUGCCUGUGCAGUGCCUGUGCCCUCGCUUCACUGUCAGAGGAUCGCACGUGCCAAGUGGGAGUUUUUGUUCGGGACCCCCGCUGAGGAGGCUGCUAGCAGGGGAGAGAAAAGUCAGAGCAUGUCCUCUACUAUUUCAUCCAAUUCUCUGGAAACCUCCACAGCUCCUCCCAGUGGUAACUCUAGUGAGUCUCCCACCCCGACUCCCCCUUGCUCCCUUCCUCUGCUUUCUGCCAAUCACGAGGUGCAACAUGUGGAGGUAGAAUUGGUGACCCCUCCCCCCACCAUUAUUGGGACAUCACCCAAAACUGGCAUCAUCCGCCGGACGCUGAAGUAUUCAGAAACCGACCUGGACGCCGUCCCGCUGCGCUGCUACAGGGAGACAGACAUAGACGAGGUGCUGCUGGCUGAGCAGGAUGACGCCGACUCUGCAUUUGGGAGUAACCGCAGUGUGCAGGGAAACUCAGGGACAGGCAGCAGCCCGCUGGGAGGUUUGGCGUAUGGGAGGACAGAUGGGGAGGAGGAGGGGAGAAGACGGGGAAGAAGGGGGGAGGAGGAGGAAGAAGAAGAUGAGGAGGAAGAGGAAGAAAUCGUGAGCUGGGCCAGUGUGAGGAUGCAAGGAGACAACAGGAAGCAGAAGUAUGCGGCGCAGGAGGAGCUCGGCCACCGUCUGAAGAGACCAAUGGAAACUUUUUUCGACAACCACCAUCCAGCCCUGAAAUCCCCCAUCUUGGUCUCUGGCCCUCGCUGCGCUGCGGAGGACACCUUCAGCCGCCACUUUGAGAGCAUAAUGGAGUCCCACCGAGCCAAAGGGACAUCAUACAACAGCCUGGACAGUGAGGAGAUACUAACCUCGAGCACGCAAACUGUCUUGACAUUUGACCUCCCCACAUUAACUCCUGCCAUCCACGGGCCGGUCUGCCAGAGCGCCAGGCAGAUCGUCCAGCUCAGCUUCGCCCCGCUGGCACACGAUGAGAGGCCCAGUCUCUCUGAUUCUAUCUUUACCGUGACAGGGGAUUCGGACGCCACCAGAGCCCCCUCCAGCGAGAGGCUGAGCAGCGGUUCUGACGACACGCCACCCAGAGGACGAGACUGCACACACCUGGGGAGCAGCUGGUACAGCAACCCGUCUUUCUCAUUGCCAAGCAGGGAGAAGGCCCGCCUGGCGACAGAUUCGGAACUGGACCAGGACCUCAGUGACAGGCUGGGUCUGAGCAGCAGUGACACCCUCACCAAUGGCAGUCACCGUGCCGACGUGGCGGCCGCCAAACGUUUGGCCAAACGUCUCUUCAACUUGGAUGGCUUCAGGAAGUCUGAUGUGGCGCGUCACCUCAGCAAGAAUAACGACUUUAGCCGUAUGGUGGCAGAAGAAUAUCUGAGUUUCUUCAACUUCACAGGCCUCGCUCUUGAUCAAGCAUUGCGGUCUUUCCUCAGGCAGUUUGCCCUCAUGGGGGAGACUCAGGAGAGAGAGCGGGUGCUGUCACACUUUUCUAGGCGUUACUUCGACUGCAACCCCAAAGUCAUGCCAUCCGAGGAUGCAGUUCACACUCUGACCUGUGCUGUAAUGCUGCUGAACACAGAUUUGCAUGGUCAAAACAUUGGCAAGAGGAUGUCGUGCCCACAGUUCAUCAGCAACCUGGAAGGACUGAACGAUGGCCAAGAUUUUGCCAAAGAUCUGCUUAAAGCUCUCUACAACUCAAUCAAGAAUCAGAAGCUUCAAUGGACACUCGACGAGGAAGAGCUGCGGAAGUCGUUUUCGGAGCUCGGGGACAGCCUGUGUGACUCCAACACCUCCAGAUCGAUGAAGCGGGAGGGCAGCAGUGAGAAGCCCCUGUCGGAGGAGGUCGAGCCCUCUGGAAUGCUGCUGUACAAGAACGGGUUCCUGGUCCGCAAAGUCCACGCUGACUCGGACGGCAAGAGAACACCAAGAGGAAAGAGAGGGUGGAAGACCUUCUACGCCAUCCUGAAAGGAUUAAUUCUCUAUCUGCAAAAAGGAGAAUACAGGCCUGAUAAGCAGCUAUCUGAUGAGGACCUGAAGAACGCCGUGUCCAUCCAUCACGCUCUGGCCAUGAAAGCUUCAGACUACAGCAAGAGGCCCAACGUCUUCUACCUGCGAACCGCUGACUGGAGGGUUUAUCUCUUCCAGGCACCGAACGCGGAGCAGAUGCAGUCUUGGAUCACGCGGAUCAACACAGUGGCCGCCAUGUUCUCAGCUCCUCCCUUCCCAGCAGCCAUCGGCUCCCAGAAGAAGUUCAGCCGGCCGCUGCUGCCGGGAACGAUGUCCAAACUGUCGGAGGAGGAGCAGGUCAGAUCCCACGAAGCUCGAUUCAGAACCCUCUCCACUGAACUGGCUGAGCUACGCUCUUACCCUCCUGACCGCAAGGUCAAAGGCCGCGAGCUGGAAGAGUACCGCCAGCGAGACGAGUAUCUGGAGUUUGAGAAAACGCGGUACGCCACUUACACCAUGCUGCUGCGGGCUAAAAUCCGGAGCGGUGAGGAGGACCUGUCUGUGUUUGAGUCCCUGCUGCUGGAGGACAACGGGCUGCAGAGGGCCCACUCCAGCCCCACGCUGCAGGACAGCAGCCAGGCCAGUCAGAUCAGUCAGGCCAGCAGCACCAGGGACGGAGGCAACAGCAGCAAAGCCAGCGGCUGCAGCAGCAAGCCUAGACAGGAAGGCCAGAGACACAGCUACCGACAGGCCGUCAAGAAGUGAGACGGGGCGGGGGCGCCGGGAGCGGCACGGCGUUGCACUGCCAGCGGCAGGCUGUCUCCCUGCAUAGGUUUUUAUUUGAUAUCCAGAAGGGUUUGGAGCUCUGCUUGAAGGGGGAGCAGGCGUGAGGCUGUACCCCACACCCUCCCCCGACCAUGAUGCCCUACCCGGCACCCCGAUCUUCUCAUCAAUAGAGGAGGUGCAGAUCCUGUGACUGGCAUAGUGGCUGGGCAACACCAGCAAGGAUGUUGGUGCAGGAGGUGGGAGGAACGGUUGGGAGGUCACAGAUCUGCAGAGACGAGGUGUCUUAGAGAACGUACGCUGGGUGCGGCAGCAGACUGAACUGAGCAGUGAGAUAAAGAGGGUGCUGAUAGAUUGAACAAGGCACCCAUCCAGCAUCCUUUCCUCUUCUCCCCCUUUUAUUCUUUCAAGGCACCUCUCCGGCCAAGUUCUCCCACCUUUUUUCUUGACCAUUCACUCAGUUCCGGGACCAAACACGUUUACACAUUUAAACAUCACAUUUUAGACGACUGACGGUUUGAUUUCAGUUGAAUCGCUACCACCACUCUGAUUUGAAGUACUGUAAAAGUGACUGGACUCGUACAACAUCACCAGGUCUUAUGGAGCCAUUACGUUCCAGCUCCUUUUGUUGCCACAUCACCGCGGUGUGUUCACAUUCCAUUACAGGAGUCGGACAUUACAGCUUUUUAGCUCCUGUGCAUAUUUCGCUGAAGGUGGUAUCAAGUCGAAUCAGUGCACAAGACAUAAUAAAGAAGUGUUGAGGGUGCGGCUGCAGUAUACAACACACGUGUGAGGACAGGAGACGCUGCAGCUCGUCUCCUCUUUUCUCUAGUCGCCGGUGGCCGGUCAGAGGCAACAAGAUCAGUAGAAGUUCACAGCGUUCCUGAUAUGCAGCGACAUAACUGCAUCUCAUCAAGAGAGAGGUCUUUUUUUUGCUGUACUUGAACAGGUGAUCUCUUACCCGGUUGCUUUCGCUUCUGUCCCGUGGUGUGCUUCUGUUCUCUUUCUACUUCUUGGCCGAAUGUUGUUUUUUCUCCAGUGAUCCGCAUGCCUGCAUCCAGCACAGCGCUUCUUUUAGGCCUUUUACUACUUUGAGGGCAAGACCGAGAGCAGCGAAGUUGCUCUCUGAGGUCAUUUAGUCCCUUUUUCCUCAUGCCAGUGCCAUAUCCCAACGUGUGUAAUCUCUGUCUGUACUUACAGCCUCUCAUUUAUAAGCCCUAUUUUAACACUCACCAGGCAGACCCUGAAUGUUCUUGUUUUUUCAAUAUUUUUACAGUAUUUUACAGUUGUUUGUUGAUGUUGAACCUAUUCCUCCUGUGUACGUCAAGUGUAUGAUGAAAUAUGAUAUUGAAAAUGUAAAAGGAAAUAUGUUAUCCAUACUCUUUGUAAACAUCCAGGAUAUGUUGUAUAUAAAGCACCAUCUGCUUAUAUUGUAGGAUAUAUGACAGUAUAUUUACAAUAUAUUCAACACACUGUUGUGAAGAUGCAUUAUUAGGAACACAGUCACACAAAGAUGACAUUUUCUUCUUGUGCGUCCCUAAAAGCGCUACAUGAUAAUCAUGUGUUGCUUUGUUUUUGUUUUGUUUUUUUCUUACAUGGUGGUAAUAAUUCAGCACAAUAUGAGUAUUAUAGUAAAGCCUAUGUACCUAUCAAAGAUUAGUAAGUGAUCACAGGGUGUUUGUGAGAGGAUUACGCCAAGCAGUAGUGAAAAAAAAAAGAUAAUUCAUGUCAGGAUUAGAAGUCAGGAAGUAUUCCAAAGACAACGCAUGGUUCACUAUGACCUAAUAGCAUGAUUUUAAUGGGAUCAGGGUAGUGUUGUCGCAGAUGCAUGAAAACGGUGAGGAAUGUAGGAAAAAGGGAAGACAGUGUGUUAAAGAGACUCCUCAUUUAGGAAGGCGAGGAGGACUGGUCUAAAUACAGAACCAUAUAAUGUUUGAUAUGAUUUUGGUAGCCAUAUACACCUCAUAGCAUUGUUGAUGUAUAGCCAUUUUCUACUCAGGCUUUUAAAAUGACACCUUGAGCAGCUGCAGUGCCAGCGUCCAACCAGCAGGGAGAGCUGUCAACAUUCACUUAAUGUUCUUUCAGCCAUAAUCACACCUGCUGCACCCUGCAGUGAAUAUGCAUGGCAUCUCACUUUCACUUGAAGUCUGGUACUGCAGGGCUACGAGACAGGACCUGUUUGUAUUAACUAUGGAUGUCAAGUCUGUGUAUGUGUGUGUUUAGAGUGUGUGCACGUACAUUUCUGUCUUGUUCUGUCGGGUUGGUGAGCGUCGGGCAGCGUGCGCGUGCGGUGACUGCGCUUGCUGGAAGCACAGGAGCUUGUUUCAAAUGGCUGUAGAGGACGACCCAGCCAGUUUCAUGAUGAUGUUUGAUGUCACGUCAGCAGCUUUCAUCCAGCAGCGUCUGUGUUGUUAGAUUGAAUUUGUGCAGUUUCUAGAACAGAUGAUUGAAUAUUCAGGCUUGAGCAUCACAUCCUGCCUCUCAAUCAUGUCCCUGUUUGUAAUUUAGAGUUGAAACAAGUAGUUGAUUAAUCAAUUAGUCAAUCUAUCAGCAUCAUCAGUCUAUUUUCAAGCAAAAAUGACAAAACAUUCUUCAGUUUCAGCUUCUCAGUUAUUAGUAUUUCCCUGUUUUCUUUGACAUAUGUGAAAGUAAAACUGAGUAUCUUCUGGUUUUGGACUCUUUGUCAGACAAACGAUGCAAUUCAUAGACGUCGAAUUAGCGUUUAGGAAAUUUAUUACUGCAGUUUUUCACUAUUUUCUGACAUUUUAUGGACCAAACGAUUAAUCAGCAGUUUAUUUUAAUCCACAUCUCAUCGUUUUUUUGUUUACGUCAUCUGCUCUCUCCGUCUCUGUCUCUUCUUUCAUCUCAGUUUAUUUAUGACUUAUACUAAGUUUACUGUACGUGCACAGUGUUGCCAUAACUGACAUCUUGUAUCUCUUACCAGUUAUGUACCAGUUGACAUUACAGUAUUUAUUGAUAGUGUCUGACUCUGCUGUUUACAAUAUGGGCUAAACUGUCAAAGAGCAGCCAGUCUCAUGUCGAGUGCCAUUCAUGAUCUACUGAGGGAGAAAGAAGGAGAAUUAAAUCAGAAAAUGCCAAUUUUGAUUCAUUCUUGAAGAUUCAGUUACGUAAGAUAAAUAUUGAUAUUACAUAAAUAUGAAAGCACAUCUCAGUAUUUAUCCUGGAAACUCUCAUGUUCCUUUUUGGCCAAAAAUAACCUAUUUGUUGGCACUUUCAGUCUUAAAUGUACACAUGCAAAGAGAAGAUUGAUUUUAGCCCUUAAAUACUCUUCAGGUCAAAUUUGACCCAUUUUUAGAUUUGAGAGCAGUAAAAACACAUCUAACACAUUUAUUUUAGCCUGAAAUCUGACAACUUUUCCCAAACGUGACCCAGAAUAUGCAAAAAUAUCUAAACCUUUUCUUUAUUUCUAUGCAGCUGAUAAACAUAUUUAUACAUUGAGAGUGUUCAGGGUUAAAUUGGAUCCAUAUUUAUUCAAAAAAUUAAAAAAAGAAAAAAACACCAAUCAAAAAUGACAGCUGUUUUCCUGUUUUAGGUCACA